CAAUGGAGAAACACUCUCCCUCACUCACUCAAGUUUGGUCUUAAGAAAACUAUUCCAAAAGGUCAAAUUUUUAUAUUUUAUACUUCCCAUGCACCUAUAACGUAACAAAUCCUUCGUCUUCAUCUCCACUUCUAAAUCUCUCUUCUCUUCUCUUCUCCCAAUCCAUAAUCUCAUUCACACACUCAAAAACAACAAAACCACACAAACGUAACAUCUUUCUACUGAAAUCCAUCAUGCGGAUCAAAGGGCAUCAAAUUAAGGUACCAAUAUUGUUUCUCGUCAAUUUGGUCCUUGUUUUUUUCGUUUCUUCCGUCAACGCCGUUGAAUCAAGGAAACUUGAUGACACCCCCGUGCCCGCCACAAACGGCACCGAAGAAAAGUGUGGUUCAUGCGGCACCGUCUACCCCUCCCCGCCUCCACCGGCCAUUCCACCGCCGUCGCCACCACCACCCAAGAAAACACCCACACAGUAUUGCCCUCCGCCACCCCCUUCCUCCUUCAUAUACAUAACUGGGCCUCCGGGAAACUUGUAUCCCGUCGACGAGGAUUUCAGCGCCGCCGCCUACCACCGCCAGAGCUUCGCCGCUGCCUCCUUGCCACUUUUUGUUGGCAUGCUUUUUACGCUUGCAUUUUGGUGAUUCGCUUGUGAAGAAGGUAAUAACCACGACAUAUAGAUAUAUCAUUCAGAUAAUUUUAAACACAACAUCGGAAAAUUUUACGGUUUAUGAUGUCGUUGUAGUUAUGAAUAUCAAGAUUUACAUAAGGUACAGCGCAGAGAAUUUUGUACUUGUACUUGGACAUUAGUGCUUCACACUACGUUCUGGUCUUCGUUCUAUGUGAUCAAUUUGUUCAAUAAUAUCCAUCUUUCUAGCAAUUCUAUCAAAUUUUCAAUA